AUGAAGGGCGCACUGGCGUUCGUGGCGCUACUUGCGGUAAGCCGGGCACAUGUUCUCGUCGCUCCUCACACGCCCGUUCUAACGCCGCCCCACUUCUUCGGAGCUACGCCGCUGGGGGGCCACGGGCCCGUCCUGGUUAUCUCCCACGGUCCCGGAGGUCCCCCCUUUGUGCCGGGAGUCUUUCCCCACGGUGGUGGUCCCAAAUGCACCGAUGGUGAGGAAGGCCGCAAAGGCCCCGGAGGUGAAGUAAUUCCUCCCAGGUAUCCCGGGGGAGGCGAGGAGCCAAAGCCAGGCGAAGAGCCAAAGCCAGGUGAAGAGCCGAAGCCAGGUGAAGAGCCGAAGCCGGAUGAAGAGCCGAAGCCAGAAGGAGAGGCAAAUCCAGAAGGAGACGCAAAACCGGAAGGAGAUGCCAAGCCGGAGGAAGAGCCCAAGCCGGCAGAAGACAAGUCCUCCGAGGAAGACGGCUCUGCGAAGGACGCCAGCGUGGGAGGCGACCCCGGGUUCGCGCACGGCGUUGGGAUCCCGGGACAGCCCAGCUUCCAGCUCGUGCCUGUGUUCAACGUCCACGGGGGUCCGCCCUUCCUGCACCCCGUUCCCAUCCACCCAAGUGGCAAGGCCGGAGGGAGGAAAAAAGUCGACGCAAGGGGCGACGGUCGAUACUUCGUUGGCUACCUCGUCCCUCCUGGGCACGGGCCGGUCGGAGUGCCCUUUCAUACGGCUGCUCUAGGUUAA